UUAACUCGCCAACACAACUCAGCUCAACUCAACUCAAAAACAUGUAUUCUCUCUGUCUCUGUCUCUUAAUUUCAGCUAAACUUGCAACAAUAUCUAUCUGAGUUUCUGUAUCUUCGGUGAGAAUUUGUACGUUCUGUAUAUAUAUUUUUCUUCUUUGUUUAUCUCAAGUUAGGUAACCGGUAAUUGAUACAAGAACGACAGAGAAAAAAGAAAGUGUUGAAACAGGGUAUAAUCUUAUCGUAAACUACUUCUGUGAAUGGAUGAAGAGUGGAGAUUUGGCCAUCGGCAGAGCUUCAACAUGGCGGUGUUUAUGGCGGUGUUAUUGCUGUUUCUUCAGAAUCUGAGUCUUUGUUCGUCUCUGAACAGCGAAGGUUUGGCACUGUUGAGAUUUCGAGAGAGAGUGGUGAGAGACCCUUUUGGGGCGUUAUCAAAGUGGGAUGAUAGUGGUACCGAUAUUGAUCCUUGUUCGUGGUUCGGUGUUGAGUGCUCAAAUGGAAAAGUAGUCUUCUUAAAUUUAAGAGAUCUUUGCCUCGGAGGGACACUGGCACCUGAACUUGGAAAACUUCCGAAAUUAAAAUCUAUUAUUCUUCGCAACAAUUCAUUUUUUGGAACCAUUCCUAAAGAGAUUGGAGAACUGAAGGAGUUGGAAGUGUUGGAUUUGGGAUAUAAUAACUUUAGUGGGACGUUUCCUUCUGAUUUUGGCAAUAAGCUGUCUCUGACUACCCUUUUACUGGACAACAACCAAUACCUUGGUGGCAUAUCUCCCGAACUAUAUGAGCUUAAGACAAUUUCUGAGUUUCAGGUGGAAGAGAAACAGAUAACCAAUGCUGCUUUAAGAGCAUCUUAUGGCAGAAAAUUAUUAUUUUCAUGGAAAAGUAUCCGAUCUGGAGAUAUUGCUUACAGGAGGCUGCUGCAGCGACUAGCAAGUUUAGAUCAUUCAACAGCCCCUACACCGUCACAACCUCCAUCACUUUCUCCUUCACCGCCUCCUGCAGAUCCUACAUUUUCUUCUCCAUCUCCAUCUCCUGCACCUAUGGUAGCACCACCUCCUGUAUAUCCACCAAAUGUUGUUGCAAAACCACCUCAAUGGCCUGCGUCUCCAACGCCUUCUCCUGCUUUGACUCCAAGCCUGGCAGGGACUGAUUCCAAGUCAAAGCAUCAUAUAGUUCUAAUUUUGGCUGGAAUUGUUGGAGGCUCAUUCUUAACUCUGUUUUUGGCUAUUGGCAUUAUCUUCUCCAGAACCAGUAAGGUGGUUACUGUCAAACCUUGGGUAACAGGGUUAAGUGGGCAGCUUCAGAAAGCAUUUGUAACAGGUGUACCUAAACUUAAGCGAGCAGAACUUGAAGCAGCAUGUGAAGACUUCAGUAACAUAAUUGGCUCUUAUUCAGAUGGUACUGUGUAUAAGGGAACUUUAUCAAGUGGGGUUGAAAUAGCUGUAACAUCUACUUCUGUCAAAUCUCGUGCAGAUUGGUCAAAGAGUUUAGAAUCACAAUUCAGAAAGAAGAUAGACACGUUAUCAAAAGUAAACCACAAAAAUUUUGUGAACCUUAUUGGGUUCUGUGUAGAAGAUAAACCUUUCACAAGAAUGAUGGUUUUCGAGUAUGCUCCAAAUGGAACACUCUUUGAGCACCUUCACAUACAAGAAGCGGAGCAUCUGGACUGGGGAAUGAGGCUACGCAUAGCUAUGGGCAUGGCCUACUGCCUUGAGCAUAUGCAUCAGUUAACACCACCCAUUGCUCAUAGAAAACUGCAAUCUUCCUCCAUAUACCUGACCGAAGAUUAUGCGGCCAAAGUAUCAGACUUCAGUUGCUGGAAUAACACAACUGCAGCUAAGAAUGGAUCAGCUUCGAUGGAACCUUUAGAAACCUCAGAAAAUGAUCUAGAAAGCAAUGUCUACAACUUCGGAGUUAUUUUGUUUGAAAUGAUAACUGGUAGGAUCCCAUACGUGGUGGACAACAGCCCUCUUGAGGACUGGGCAUCAGCGUAUCUGAGAAUGGAACAACCAUUAAAAGAAAUGGUGGAUCCAACUCUAAAAUCUUUCCAGGAGAGUAAGCUUGAGAAAUUGCUUGGAGUUAUCAAGGACUGUGUCCACCCUGAUCCUAAACAGAGACCACCAAUGAGAAUAAUUGCAGCUAAGUUAAAAGAGAUAACAGCAGUGGGACCUGAUGGAGCAAUACCAAAAUUAUCUCCUCUCUGGUGGGCAGAACUAGAAAUUAUGUCCACUGAAGCAAGUUCAUAAGUGAAAUUUGGCCUUACAUAAAUUUAAAAUGAUCUUGACCUUUUCUUUUCCCUGCUUCUGUUGUUGGCCCCAGAAGCAGUGGUAUGUAGAGUAGAUGUUACUCUUGUCUUAUACAAGGUAGAGGAUAGAUUUUUGUAAAUAACUGAGAGAGACCUGCUGGCUUUUGUUUGCUUUCUUCCUCGUUAUCGAAAUUGAUUGUAUAAAUUUCUGCAUAUAGUGUAUGAUUAUGACAUCAAUAAAUUUGAAUUUAUUUUUUCUUUUCUUUA